AAUAACGAGAGGCACAAAUGUGAACUGGCGAUCUCUCCGAUGCCUCUCUCUAAUUGAGAAAGUUCAUCUAUUUGAAACUCUGUAAAUGUGAAGUUCGUUUCCGAUUUCUUCUUCUUUUUCCAGAUUAAAUUGUUUAGGUCUGUUCGUACAAAAAUGGAUUGUACGUUAAAGAUGAUAUCGUCUAUUGUGUUUCCUAUCAAUUCUUCAUCGAAAUUGAACUUUAGUAACCAAGUGCUCUGUUGGUCUCCAAUUAAUGGAAACGGGUCCGUAACGAAAAUCUGUGCCGUCUCCAAUGGCGCUGUUCCUAGCUCCGCUUCUCACGGGGCUGAAUCAGGUUCAGCAAGGGAUGCGCACAAAAGAAGAAGCAAUCUUGAAUCUCUAUUUUGUUAUGAUAAGCCCAUACCAGAGGAGAGAAUUGAGAAGCCAGUUGGACUAUCACUAGUGGAAAAGGCAAUUGGGGACAACCCCCAUUGUAUUGAUUGUGAAGCCAAAGGUGCAGUCCUAUGUGCCACUUGUUCUGGUUCAGGCCUUUACGUGGACUCUAUCUUGAGAGUCAAGGCAUCAUUGUCAAAGUCCGUUGCCUAGUAAGUUUC